AUGGCUACGGAUUCGGAGAGAUUAUGGAAAGAAGGAAUUGAAGAUGUAGCCGAGCUUCAAUCCGUGCCUAAAGUUCGUGUGAAUCCUCCUGGGCUGGGAUCCUUAGAUGCUUUUGCAAGUGACUCCAUACCAAAGCUGCGCCAAGGUAUGGAAGAGUACUUUGCAUCCAACUUAGGCAAGGAGCAGAUGGGAAAGCUCAUUCACAUGACAUACGCAAAGCUCUAUGAGGUAAAGCAACGUGAGGGCCUUGUUGCAGGAGGCGAUCAAGUCAGCUUCCACAUCCAGAUGCAGGAUCCUCGCUGCGAUUUUGGUGCCAUGCAGGAGGAGGAGCUGAGGGACAUCAUCGUGAAGAGGCACCAGGGACUCGGUGAACAUCUUUUGAAUCAGUGCACCAAGCAGGAGCUGUACAAGAUGGCAAAGGAGUCAUUUGAGAGCAAGCCCUUCAUUCACAAGUUUGAAGGCUGCUUUGCAUACCGCUUUGCCGGACAAGAGUUCGAGCUUGCUGAUGGUAAGACCGAGUUCAAGCUGGCCCACUCACGGCCAGGCGCCCCUGAACUGGACGUGUUUUGGCGCAGUGUGCAUGGUGACAUCUCUCUGAGUGGCUUCCCUCGUGUGGUGCGGGUGAAUGAUGCAGAUUGCGCCGGUGGCACCCAUUAG